AUGUUCAAUGGAACUGUUCCUCCUGAGCUUGGGAAUUUGGUUAACUUACAGAAUCUAAGGAUCAGCGACUUAAAUGGAGGGGGUUCAGUGUUUCCAGACUUAAGUAAUAUGACAAGCUUGCAAAGAUUAAUGCUGAGGAGCUGUAAUUUAAAUGGAUCUAUUCCUGAUUUAUCAGCAAUGACAGCAUUGAAUAUCUUAGAACUUAGCUUCAACAAACUGGAAGGAAGCACUCCUGAUCUUCAAGAACUUGUUGAGACCAAACUGCAGUACUUGUAUCUGACAAGCAACUUGCUCAAUGGCUCUAUUCCAGACUGGAUUAAGAGCAGUGAUAACCGCUACCAGAUAGAUGUUUCUUACAAUAAUUUUUUGGAGAGCUCUGAGCCAACUACGUGUACUGAAUAUGUGUAA